AUGACUGAGAGCCACUGCACCAAUAAUUUGUUCAGCAAGGCUCUGGACUUCUUUGAACACCAAGUUGUUUCUAGUUGGAACAAAUCCAUUAGAGCCCUCAAGGCCGCAGAGGAUAUUCUUCAACAAGCAGCGGAUCUUGGCCUGGUUGGUGCCUGUGUCGAAUCAAUAAUCUUAAAGGCUUUGGAACAUCCACAUCUUCUUGGAGAAUCAUUCAAGGACUUGACCUCCAAUGAUGAAGGAGAGGACAAUGAAAAUUACUUCAGGCCAAAUGUGCGGAGGAAACUCUUUGCUUUGGAAUGGAAAUCUGAAGAUUUGUCAAUAUUGUCUCUCAGGCUCUAUGAGCCCAUCAUUGGUGCAAUGAUUGAGCGGAAAAUCCCAGCAGAAUACAUAUCUGCAGCUGUAUGUCAGUAUGCAAAAAAGUGGGUACUUUUCAGCAUGAAAGAAGGGGAUGAUGGUUCAAUUUACAAGAAAAGUAUCCAGAGAGAGAUAAUUGAAGCAGUGGAGAGAAUGCUACCAAAUGCAAGAGGACUAAUGCCCUGUGCAUUACUAUUUGAAAUGCUACGGUCUGCAAUAGCCUUGGAUGCUAGUAACGAGUGUAGAAAUGGAUUUGAAAUCAGGAUUGGGAAGCAAUUAGACCAGGCGACUGUGAAAGAUCUCCUGAUACCUUCUCAAGGAUAUGCCAAGGAAGAACGGUAUGACACAGAAUGCGUGAGGAGGCUCAUGAAGAAUUUCUAUCGCAAUUAUACUGGAAAAGAUGGACAUGAAUUGAUCACAGUGGCAGAACUUAUUGAGAACUUUCUGAUUGAAAUUGCUAGUGACAUAGACUUAAAGAUGAGCACAUUUAUAUCACUUGCUGACUUUUCACUUGCAGCAUCUAGAGGAAUUCUACAAAAUUCAGAUGGAAUGUACAGGGCUAUAGAUAUCUACUUAGACAAGCAUAGAUAUCUGACAGAAUCUGAGAGGGAAGAGGUAUGCCACCUGUUGGAUUGCAACAAGAUGUCUCCAGAAGCUUGCUUACAUGCUUCAAGGAAUGAAAGAUUGCCUGUGAGAGUAAUGGUGCAAGUGCUAUUUGCAGUUCAGUUGCAAAUGCGAGAGACUAUGCCAAAGGAAAUCAAGGGAUCAGAGGAGGGGAGAUUAUUUUUAAAAGGGGUAGAGGAAGAGGAAGAGGAAGAGGAAGCAGCAACAAGAGGUUGCAACAGCGAAGAAGAAGUGAUCAAGGCAGAGAUGGAAAAGAUGAGCAGCAAAGUGUUGGAACUGGAAAUAGAAUGCGAUAUGAUGAGAAGGGAAAUCCUGAAUGGUAGCUGCAGGAAAGCUAGAAAAGGAAAAGUGAACAUGUGGAAAGAAAUGAAGAGGAAGUUAGGAUGCAUAACCAGCAUGCAUGAUUGCAACUGCCAUGUCAAGAAGAAGAAGGUCCAUCCAAAAUAG